CCCUCGGUCACAUGGGCCCGCCUGGGCGCCGCCAUGACGGCGGAAGUGACGCGCUGUUGCCAGGAGACGGUUGCUAGGCGCCGCUCUGCGUGCCGUGCGUGGCGCGCGCGGCAGUCCCCGCGGGAAGCUCGAGCAGCGGCGCCAUGGCGCGAGCGUGGCAGCACCCGUUCCUCAACAUCUUCAGACACUUCCGAGUGGACGAGUGGAAGCGGUCCAGCAAGGAGGGCGAUGUGGCUGUGGUGACGGACAAAGUCCUGAAGAGCACUGUGUACCGCAUCCAGGGCUCUGUCUCUGCCAGCAAUUACAUCCAGCUCCCCAGAACCAGUUCGCAGUCCCUGGGGCUGACAGGGCGAUACUUGUAUGUGCUCUUCCGGCCUCUGCCCACCAAGCACUUCGUCAUUCACUUGGAUGUGUUUACUGAGGACGGCCAGGUCAUCCGUGUGUCUUUCUCUAACCUCUUUAAAGAGUUCAAGUCCUCUGCCACAUGGCUUCAGUUCCCCUUCAUUUUCCAGGCCAGGACAUCGGAUAGAGGUGUCGCUCCUCCUGGUACCCGCUGGACUUGCCUGCAGCUGGACCUCUGUGACAUCCUGCUGGUCUACCUGAGCCGGCGCUAUGGCCACCUCAAGAGUGUUAGGCUGUGUGCUAGCCUACUAGUCAGGAAUCUCUACACCAGUGAUCUGUGCUUCGACCCUGCUGUCACCAUCACUGAGGCCCGGCGGGCAAAGCUUUCUGUGACUCCCAUACCUCGAGAAAUGGCCUUCCCAGUGCCAAAGGGAGAGAGCUGGCAUGAUCACUAUGUCCACAUCCGGUUUCCAAGUGGCCUUCUGAAGACUUCUGGAAAGAUUCAGAAGGACAGUUCCCCUCCUGAGGCAGUCUUCCUGGGAUCUGCACCUCAGCUUGUUUAUCCAAUGGCCUUCAGCAAACUCGUGCAGGAUAGCAUGUCACCUGUGGCCCAGAUACCCACAGCUCCCUGCCAGGCACCCUCGGUACCCAGGCUCCUUCCAGAGGUCAGCCUGUCCAACAAGCACCUGAAGGAGUACAGUGUAGGUGAUCUAUGUACACAUGGCAGAGAUUCUUCAACCUGGGUACAGGCUACUGAUGUGCACACGGUGGUCUGUGGUGGCCAUGUACUUGCUCACAAGUCAGCUGGGGUGCCUGUGGCUCUUCAGAAUGCUGGCUCCUAUAAGCACUUCCUCCCGGACCCAAUACUGAGGCUCAAGGGGGUCAUUGGUUUUGGUGGCCACAGCACCAAAUGGGCUCUGUGGACCAAGGAUGGAGCAGCUGUUGUUUACCCUUGUCAUGCCAUCAUUGUUGUCCUGAGUGUUGACACUGGGGAGCAGCGCUUCUUUCUUGGCCACACAGAUAAGGUCUCUGCCCUGGCACUAGACAGGAGUAACUCACUGCUGGCAUCGGCCCAGGCCCAGCCACCCAGCAUGGUGCGCCUCUGGGACUUCCAGACAGGGGCGUGUCUGUCCCUGUUCCAGAGCCCAAUGCAUACAGUCUGUUCCCUCAGCUUCUCUGGCAGUGGGACUCUUCUCUGCAGUGUGGGCAAGGAUCGCCACGGGAGGACGGUGGUGGUGGUUUGGAGCACAGACCAAGUAGAUGCUGGUGGUGAAGUGGGUGUUGUUGCUAAGGUGCACACUGACUUUGACAUCCAGACCUUCCGGAUUGCCUAUUUUGAUGAAACCAGGAUGGCAUCCUGUGGGCGAGGCAGCGUGCGCCUCUGGCGACUGCGUGGUGGGUCACUGCGCUCCUGCCCUGUGGAUCUGGGGGAGCACUGCGUGCUGGAGCUCACUGACCUUGCCUUUGCACAGAGCCCAGACAGCUGCCAGGUGCCCUCCUCUUGCACACUUUACGUAUGCAGCCGUAGUGGUCACAUCCUGGAGAUUGACCACCAGUGCAUGGCUGUGCUGUGCACCCGCCGCCUGCUGCCCACACGGACCUCUGGUGGCCCCCUUCCCCAAAAGCAGAGCCCUGGCUUAGGCUCCGGCAUUGCCAUAAGCAGCCUCAGUGUCUCCUCGACUGCAUGUGCUGUGGGCUCUGAGGAUGGCUACCUGCGAGUCUGGCCCCUGGACUUCUCUUCAGUGCUCUUGGAGGCAGAGCACGAUGGCCCUGUCAGCGCUGUCUGUAUGAGCCCUGAUGGCCUGCGCGUGCUCUCCACCACCUUCUUGGGCCACCUGGGCUUCUUAGACAUCCCAUCCCAGGAGUACAUGGUGCUAGUACGCUCCCACAUGGCCUCAGUACUGGCCUUCUCCAUGGAACGGAGCCGGGGACAGCUGGCCACCGUGUCCCUAGACCACACUCUACGCAUCUGGGACCUGGCUACCCUACGGCAGCUUUAUGACUUCCAGUCAUCUGAGGAGGCCCCGUGUGCUGUUGCUUUCCAUCCUAUCUGGCCGACCUUCUUCUGUGGCUUUAGCAGUGGAGCCGUGCGCUCCUUCAGCCUGGAGAAUGCCAGGGUUCUGGUGGAACACACGCGUCAUCGAGGGGCCAUCACCAGCCUAAUCGUCAGCCCUGAUGGUAGCUUCCUGUUCAGCUCUUGUUCUCGGGGCUCCCUGAUCCAAUACGACUGUGCUGUCCCCCAAUGCCGCAUCCUCCGUGUAGCAGCCAAUGUCGUAUGUCAGGAUGCCCGCCCAAACCCCAACACUUUGGCUGUCAGUGGGGACAGCCGCUUGCUGGCCUUUGUGGGGCCCUCCAAGUGCAUGGUGACAGUGAUGGAGUCAGCCUCCCUGGGCGAGCUGCUGCGAGUUGAUGUCAGCACACUAGACCUCACCGGCAGCCACCUGGGCUUGGCUGUGGCCAUCUGCUUUGACCCUGCAUCCCCAGAUCACUUACUGGUGUCCAUGUCAUCCAAUAAAAUUGUAGCACUGGAUACUACAUCAGGACGCACUGUCCGGGAGUUGUCCAGUGUCCGCCCCGUGGCUUGUUCCUCUCUGGCUCUCAGUGAAAAUUCUCGCUUCCUGCUGAUGGCCACUGGCCGGGCUAUCAAAGUGUGGGAUUACUUAACACCCACUGACCCUGGGUACCAGGUGUACAUUGGGCACUCGGAGCCGGUACAGGCUGUGGCUUUCACCCCUGACCAGCAGCAGGUCCUCAGUGUGGGGGACGCCAUCUUCCUCUGGGAUGUCCUGGCUGCCCCUGAGAGGCAAGUGUCUGUCCUUGACCAUAUUUACCUUAGCCUCCCUCUAGUCCUCCCCCCAACACCCUGUCUCUUUCUUAGUGACAGAAGCCAGCCCAGACCCCCCUCAGCCCAUGAAGCAGGCCUGGACAUGGGACACCUGAAGGACCCAGUGGCCAGUGGGUUUCCCCGGCAAGAGGUGCCUGUGCCAUCUCAAACAUCUCCACCUCUGCUGGGCAUCUGUGCCACACCCCUCAAGGACAGUUCUGGUACCUUCACUUCUGAUGAGGAAGGACAGUGUGAGGAAAGCCACGGCACCAAGGGGUUUGCCCAGGCUCCACGUCCAUCUGUGCUUGUUGGAGGAGCUGGAGAUGGGGCCCAGGGGACUGUCUGGGGCUACAGGGGACUCCUUGUGUCUCCCCAACACCACAACCAGCCUAGUGCCCAGAACAUCAGAAAAGGAAGGGCUUGGCCCACCAUCCGCCCAGAUUCUUAUAAGCAUUUCACAGCUCGCUACAAGACCUCUAAACCCGCCAAGAAUGUCUUCUUCCCUCCUACUGGUGGUGAGCAGCUGCACCUGAAGGCUGUUGUCGGUUACAAUGGGAAUGGACGAGCCAACAUGGUCUGGAGACCAGAAACGGGUUUCUUUGCCUACACAUGUGGCCGCCUGGUGGUUGUGGAGGAUCUGCACUCAGGUGCCCAGCAGCACUGGCUUGGCCACCCUGAGGAGAUCUCCACGUUGGCUCUCAGUCAUGAUGCCCAGGUUCUGGCUUCUGCCUCUUGCUGUGGCAGUGGAGCAUCCUGCUGCCAGAUCCGCAUCUGGGACAUACCCAGGGGCUCUUGCCAGAAGCUCCUUUCUCACCACGACAGUGCUGUGCAGGCCCUGGCCUUCUCCCCAGAUGAUGAGCUCCUUGUGACAUUAGGGGAUUACAGUGACCGAACCCUCGCCCUGUGGAGCACAGACACCUAUGAGCUGCUGUCAUCCACCCACCUCUCAGAGCCAGUGCAUGGCGUGGCCUUCAGCCCUUGGGACACUGGCGAGCUCACCUGUGUGGGCACGGGUGCUGUCACCUUCUGGCUCCUGCAGCAGCAUGGGGCAGACAGCAGCCUCCAGGUGUACCGACAUCCGGUUCCUGAGGAAGUGGGGGUGGCCGAGCUGACCUCACUCUGCUAUGGGGCUGCCCCACUGCUCUACUGUGGCUCUUGCUCUGGCCAGGUUUGCGUCUGGGACACCAGCACUGGCCGCUGUUUCCUGGCUUGGGAGGCAGAUGAUGGUGAAAUUGGAGUACUGCUGUGCUCCGGGUCCAGGCUGGUUAGUGGCAGCAACACUAGACGACUACGCCUAUGGGCUGUCGGGGCUGUGCCGGAGCUGAGGCGUAAAGGCUCAGGCGCCAGGUCCAGUUCAGUGUUCAUGGAACAUGAGCUGACCCUGGAUGGGGCUGUUGUGAGUGCGAGCUUCGACAGCAGCAUGGACAUUGGCGUGGCGGGCAGCACAGCUGGCACACUCUGGUACAUCAGCUGGGCCAAGGGCACCAGCACCCGCCUCGUCAGCGGCCACAGGGGCAAGGUCAAUGAGGUGGUCUUCAGCCCCAGUGAGUCCCACUGUGCCACGUGUGGUGAGGAUGGAAGUGUGAGAGUGUGGUCCUUGGCCAGAAUGGAGCUGGUGAUCCAGUUCCAGGUGCUGAACCAGAGCUGCCUCUGCCUUGCAUGGAGCCCCCCAUCCUGUGGACGCCCAGAGCAGCAAAAGGUGGUGGCUGGCUACAGUGAUGGCACACUGCGUGUCUUCAGCAUCUCCCAGACUGCCAUGGAACUCAAGAUGCACCCUCACCAGACUGCUCUGACAGCCAUUGCUUUCUCCACUGAUGGUCAGACCAUCCUCUCUGGAGAUAAGGAUGGCCUUGUGGUUGUGAGCCGCCCCUGCACAGGGAUGAGCUUGCGUAUGCUAACUGACCACCAAGGUGCCCCAAUAUCUACCAUCCAGAGUACAAGCAAAGAGUAUGGAGCGCUAGGGGUAGAGGGCACAGACCUGUGGCUGGCUGCCAGUGGGGACCAGCGAGUGAGCAUCUGGGUUUCCGACUGGAGCAGGGACCACUGUGAGCUCCUGGACUGGUUGAGUUUCCCAGCCCCUGUCACAUUGGAGACCCCAGGCAUUCCACCACCCUCCCUUGCUGCCUUCUGCCCCUGGGACCAGGCACUGCUGAUAUGUGUGGGCCUCGGUGCACACAAAGAAGUACUCUUCUAUAGCCUCCGCCAGAAGCAGGUGGUGGUGAAAACACCGCUUCCCUUCUUCGCCAUGUCCCUGAGCCUGUCGGUGGGUACUCGCCUUAUGGCCAUCGGCUUUGCUGAAUGCAUGGUGCGACUUUUGGACUGUGUAUCAGGGACCACCCAGGACUUUGCUGGCCACGAUGACUCGGUACACCUGUGCAGGUUCACCCCGUCUGCCAAGCUGCUCUUCACUGCUGCCCACAAUGAGGUCCUGGUAUGGGAGGUCAUGAGCCACUGAGAUUCAGCAGCCCACUCGAUGGUCCUGCUGUGCACCAGGCUGUAGAAGGUGGCAUGCGUGCUUACAAGCCACUACUUCCUGUAAAUCAAGACUAUGCUGAAUUUAAGGGACCUAACAAGACAAAAAGGCUGAGGAUAUGGCUCAGUAGUAGAUCAUUUUAUCCUUUUUUUUUUUCUUUUGGUACUGGGGUUUGAACCCAGAACUGUGCACUUGCUAGACUAGUGCUUUGCCACUGAGCUACAUCCCCCCCCCGCAGGGUUUCUUUUAUCUCUGACCUGAGUUUUUUAAAGUUUCUAUUUUGCAUCUUAAAUAAACGUUGGCAUCUGU